AUGACAUUAGUCUGUUAUACAUCGAAUAAUCUGCAAACGUUAGAACAAUGUGCACGUCAAUGCAAAGUUUGUGGCGCUCCUGCUUUACAUUCAUACUAUGGUGUCAUUUCAUGUUCACCAUGUAGAAUGUUUUUCAAACGAAAUGCCAUAACAGGACAAAAACGUUUUAAAUGUGAUUUUUUUGAUCAAUGUGAUGUUAAUAUUAAUAAUCGCCGUAUAUGUUCUUCGUGUCGACUUGCUAAGUGCUUUACAAGUGGAAUGCAAUCUGAUUUGAUUCGAUGUCCUUUAUCAAAAAAAAUCACAUCAAAACAAAAACAGAAAAAGGUGUUGGAAUCCAUAACAGAAACAUCGAAUAUUUUGCAGAGCAUACAAGAACAAAACCAACAACAGCAUUUACCAACAUUGAACCUUUUAGAAUCAGACAAUUCAACAUUAUAUACCAGUCAAUGGACGCUUUUAUCUAAUUUAUUUUAUAGUUAUGAUGAAAGUAAACUUCUUUUGAUUGCUCAACAAUUGAUGAACGAAAAUAAUCUUGAAAAAUCUAUGAAAUCUAUCGAUUCAACACUUCCAAAACAAUUUUUCAUGAAAGCUUAUGAAACAUCAGGAAACUAUCUCAAUUCUAAUGGUGAUCUUUGUAGGUUAUCAUCUGAUAAUCGUUAUGCUUUUCUUCGUAAUGCUGCUGAAAGUGUGCAUUGCAUAGGUACAAUAUUUAGUUGGAGUCGAUCUCAAGUUUACAAGUGUAAAUAUUUUAUAAAUAUUUGUAUUGACCUUUAUGGACGAGAUUCAAUAGAUAUGAUUGAACAUAUAUUAAAAUAUAUGGAUUCAGAUAUUGUGAUCUGUAAACUAGCAUUAUCACUAUUUACUUUCUCUACUAAUAUUACAAUAUCUUCUUCAAUUGCAACAAUAAACCCAAUAAACACACUUGAAAUCUUUCAUAUUCAGAAUACUUAUGCAGAAGUAACAUGGAAAUAUCUGCUUUAUAAAUAUGGAUUUUAUCAAUCUAUUCAACGAUUUAUAAAUCUUAUUCAAUUUUUUUUGGCUGCGACGGAUGCUUUAUAUAAAGUACAAUAUAUUGAGAAACAUGAGAAUGAUAUUGAAUUGCUUGUUGAAAAUGUUGAAUUGGAACUUCUUUUAAAUGAUAUUGAACGCAUCGAUUAA